CCACGCCACGCCAUUCGUAAGUGGAUCUCGUCGCAGGUCGGUCGUCUAAAGAUCGCAACCUUAACUGUACUGUAAGUCCCGUUAGCAACAGUGAAUUGUAAAAGAUGGUGAUAAAUUUCGGAGCUGGACCGGCUAAACUGCCUCGUGAAGUGCUCCUAGAAGUUCAGAAGGAACUUGUGGAACAUGGCACGACCGGCAUGAGUGUCAUGGAGAUGUCUCACCGUGGAUCAUCCUAUGUUAAGUUGCAUAAUGACACACUUGAGUUGGCUCGGGAAUUAUUAAAGGUGCCUGACAACUACAAAAUUCUACUCAUGCAAGGUGGUGGAACUGGGCUGUUUGCAGCUGUAGCAAUGAACCUAAUCGGUAGGACGGGAACAGCCGACUAUCUCGUAACUGGCUCAUGGUCAAGCAAGGCCGCCAAAGAGGCUUCUAAAUACGGCAAAGUUAACCAGGUAGUGCCGAAACCCGACAAGUACAUCUGUGUACCGAACGCAAAAGACUGGAAGCUUGACCCGAAUGCAUCAUAUGUGUAUUACUGUGAUAAUGAAACCAUCGAAGGAGUAGAAUUCAAUUUUGUUCCACAGACCAACGAUGUCCCGCUGGUCGUAGACAUGUCGUCCAACAUUAUGUCUAAACCAAUCGACAUCAAAAAGUUUGGAGUAAUCUUCGCUUGUGCUCAAAAAAAUAUUGGACCAGCCGGAAUAACGUUGGUUAUCGUUCGGGAAGAUUUAAUUGGACACCAUUUGCCAAUAACACCGACCAUUCUAGAAUUCUCAACCGUUGCAAGGGACAAUUCAAUCAACAACACACCUCCUACAUUCAUCAUCUACGUCGUGGGUCGCGUCUUUGCUUGGAUCAAACGUCAGGGCGGUAUGGAAAAAAUGCAUCAAAUCGCGCUGAAAAAGUCAAACAUGAUCUACGAAGUGAUCGCCGGAUCCAAGAAUUUCUACUAUUGCCCUGUGGAAGGCAACGUCCGCAGUCGAAUGAAUGUACCCUUCCGUAUCGGGGGCCCCGGUGGUAACGAUGCCUUGGAAAAGGAAUUCCUGAAAGGAGCUGAAACCCUAGGAAUGCAACAACUAAAAGGCCAUCGUUCCGUAGGGGGCAUCCGAGCUUCGCUGUACAAUGCAGUCACCCUGGACGAAGUGGAAGCUCUACGAACAUACAUGUUGGAAUUUCAUUCAAAAAAUUCAUAAUAAAUUACAAUAGCAUUUCUAUUCAAUAAAUAUAACAUCACACAACAUUCUCUUUCAAGAAG